AUGCUUAAGGCAUCUUGGCAUGGUGACAGAGGGAUUCAUAACACGUGCUGGGCAACACAAUCAUGUAGUGGUGCCUUUCAGCACAUGCACAACAAGCUCGCAAUGCAUGCACACGUACCCGAGGACUUCCUAGGGAGGUCCCCCAUCCGGGGAUGGCUCCCACCCGAGCACGCUUAACUCGUGAGUUCUUAUGGGAUUCGGUGACAACUCUCCCACUAAGGGGGGUUAGGGUUCAGGGUUUUAGGGUUCAGAGUUUAGGGUUUUUUUUUUUUUUUUUUUUGAUAAUUGUCUUGGGCUGAACUUCUCAAGAGGUCACCCAUCUUGAUACUUCACACGCCCAAGCACUUAGGUGCCUCUCAGGCACAUUCUUUAGAGCUGGGGGCAUCUUGGCAUGGUGAGAUGGAUGCCACAUAUAUGCCUCUCGCCAUGGUGGCAGGCGUGCCUCUCGUUCUUCGAUGCUCAAGGCAUCUUGGCAUAAUGACGGAGGGGUUCAUAACAACAAGCGUCUCACAACACAUGCACAUGUACCCGGGGACUUCCUAGGGAGGUCACCCAUCCGGGGACUACUCUCACCCAAGCACGCUUAACUUCGGAGUUCUUAUGAGAUCCGGUGGCAACUCUCCUACUAAGGGGUUUUUUUUUUUUUUUUUAAAUGAAGAAAUUUGAUUGAGUGAUAAAAGUUUGACCUCAUUCUGAGGUUACAUAAGUGGGAUCUCAUUCACACAAGGGGUGAGGAUGACAUGGAGGGUGAAAGACCUCUUUUUUUAGAGGGUAUGUGAUAAUAUUGGAGAUAGACUCCAGUUCGCUCAUCAUAUUUGAAGAAGUCGGUUGGUUUGCAUUUGGGCUGAAAGAGCUUUUGAGUUCAUGAAGUUGGAAUAUCUAGUUGACUGUUGUAGAACGUGUAAACCUCCAUGUUGUGCACCAUGAGAUGUUCCUGCAAGACAAGAAUUUGUCGUAGUAAGUGAUUCUAAGAAAUAAAUAAAAUCAUAUAAAGUGGUGAGAAAAGAGUUGUUAAGACAGUGAGGAGGAUAGAACUAUGCUGGAGUAUGACGAUAGGCCCAAAUAUAAAUUUGCCUUCUUAGUGUUGCACACGUCUAGUCCCUCUGGCCAAGAUCUUGUUAGUACCAUUAGUUGUCGUACUUCUUCUAAGUAGGUAAGGGACCUUUCACCCCACGAGGAAUGACUUGGUCUCUUUUUCUAACUCUUUUCCUUUUCUCUUAUUCUCUCUCUCUUCUUUCUCUUUUUUUUUUUUUUUUUUUUUUUGAGGGCCUAUUCUUUUACCCUCCACUAAUGCCCAUUAUUUGGUGUACAAGGGUAAUUCCCUUUGGAGUCUAGUGAUUGGGGGAAAGGAAAUAGGUUGCUCGCUUUUUUUUUUUUUUUUUUGAGGGCCCUUUCCCUCACCCUCCACUAAUUGUUUAUGAUGGGCUAGUGAUUUCGGGAAAAGAAGUAAGCUGUCUCUUUUUUUUUUUUUUUUUUUUUAAAGAGAGAGAAAGGGAGGGAGAAAGAAAUAGAGAAUCGAGAGAGAGGGAGAAGAGAGAGGGUCAAUCCUAUGGAUAUAGAUCCUUCCCUUCUCAUGGGUUCAAGCUGGCUGAUGGUACUAAUGAGAUCUUGAGAGAGGUGCUAGGUUGGCGAUUCACAACUAGUUUGGCAAGUCUGAUGUGCUAUAGACCUAUAGUUCAAAAGUGGGCAGAUGCCAACAUGUGCUGAUAGUUCUAUGUCCUUACUACUUGAGGGUGAUAGAUAAUAGAUGUGAGGUGAUUAUGAGGAGAGUAAUGAUUGGAAGUAGUGUACCCGGGUGGAUUACGAUGUGCCUUGUUGUCCAUCUUGUGUUGAUAGGCAAAUUGCAUUCCACAUCGGUGGUAUGUGAUGAGCGCCAUGAUGAUGUCAUGGUUGUGGCUUGUGAUAGACCUGAAAACAGAAACAAAGAAAACACGUACCUGUAUCUCCAUUGUGGUCUUCAUUGGCCAAUAAUAACCACCCCUGAUCUCCUCCAAGUAAUACGCCACUACCGUGGAGGGGCCGAUAGUGGAGUGCGGUGUAUGCGUAAAGAGGGUAUGCCGAGUCGCUCAAGUCUAUGAGCACCUCGGGUUGCAAGGGGUAUGUCCUGCCAAAAAGAGAAGAUUGUCCUCCGAUGUGAUCUGACUCCAUACGUAGCAAGGGCGUCGGCUAUCUGAUUCCCUUCUCGAAAUUGAUGCGUAAUGGUUGUGAUUACGAACAAUAAUUGAAAAAUACAUGUUACAGGCCCUAGGGAUCCGCCCACCUUGACGUUCACUAGUAUUACAAACACAGUUGAAGUCACCUGCUAGGUACCAAGGAGACUCAACUAGUGUAGGGUAGUCCCUCACAUACUGAACUAGGUCCGCCCAAAGAGUUUUCCUUUCUUCGGAUCUAUGUGAUGCAUAGAUGACUGAGAAGGUGAACUCUUGGGUGAGAUCUUGAACCGUCAUAGUGAUAUGCUGGGAUCCCUCGACUAGCAACUCCAUAGAGUAUGGUCUAGUCCAAAAGAGCCAAAUAUGAUUCGUGGGGUUGGAGUGAAAAUAAUCCAUACCUAAUUGCCUAAGUAAAGGUUGGAUACGAUCUGAUGAUAUCAUAGGCUCAAUGACGCCUACUAUACCUAGUCGAUACUAUCUGAUAAGGCUAGCUAUAUAGAAUUGGGUUUUGAGGUGACCUAUACCUCGACAAUUUUAUAUGAUGCUAAGUAUCAUGAUCUAAUGAUUGGCCCCACGAGUCCUAGAUCUCGUGGAGUAAGGUGAGCAUCUAGUGAGUCGUGUGGUCUUAGCCUCCGUUUGAUAUCCCUCAUCUAGGUAGGUAGUCUCAAUGUCAGUCUCAGAUCCACCAUUCUCAUGGGUACUAGUCAUGUGGCCACUAGUAUCAUGAGCACUAGAUGAGGAGGAUGGGUGCGGUGCUUGACGAUUCGUCAAGCACUGUCUUCUAUCGGGGCUCUCCCUAGAAUCAGCGGGUGGUGGAUCAAGUAUAAGGAACUGAUCUGGUGGGUGUAGUGGGGGAGAGGGGGGGAGGGUAUAAGAAUCAGAACGGGGGGCUACGUAAGAUGUACUAAUAGGAAGUGUGCUGGGGGUAGGCCCUCAUAGUAGAUCCUCGACGGGGAUUUGAGGGGGAUGGAUAGUGCCCAAGCCGAUACCCUCAGAGAAAGGGGUAGACCUCAGUCGGUGGGGACUAAGAGGUGAAGGGCUCCUGCUAUGUGGGGAAGAGCAAAUGGGCGGGGAGGAGCUGGGUGGUGGAGAGACACUAAUGGGUGGAGUGGGGUGGGUGAGUAUGGGGGGUCAGAUAGCCCGGGGGGAUCUAGUAUGUGGAGUUUGAUUAGGUGAGUCCCUCGUAGUGGGGGAUGCUAGCCCUUUGGAAGGCCUAGUUCCCCUCUGUGCAGGUCCCUCAAAGUCUCUCUCAUCUAAAGCCUCUAAGACCUCAAAGGUGUUUGAGGUUAGGGGUUUCUUUCCCUUGCCUAAAGGGGAAGGUGUAGCCUCUCGUGUUCCUUUCUUCUCCCAUGUAUGGAUGGAAGAAGGGCGUCCAGCUGCCGACUUUCGCCAUGCAUGCUGUGUCUCAAUCAAUGAACUAGGCUUUUCCUGUGCCUUCCGAGGUAAGGAAGGUGGAGCCGCCAUAG